GUAAUUUGGAUAUGGACUCCGAGAAGAGAAAAGAAUCGUUAAGAAGGCGUCCUUUUCAUUUGAUCCCUUUGCAAAGAAACCCAGAUUUCCAAAGGAAGCCGACUGCAAAAGACAGACUAACACCUCUCAUCAUAGUGAACACUGAGAAUGGCAUGUCUGGUGACAAAGCCUACAUCUCAGCCAAGCCAGAUUCCCAGAGUCAGUGUAAUAGUGUGAAUGAAAGACACCCCCUGAAAGAGAAGACGGAUGAAGCUGCCACCGCCUCCACUCAUUCUAUCGACUCUGAUUGCAUCCCCAUCUACUCCCGCACUGACUGUAUAUCUGGGUGUACCAAAGCCAGUGGAAAGACAGAACAGCAGAUGAAGGAUGUAAACCAGGGUGACAAUCUCUCUUGUCACUCCUUCAAUGAAGCAGACUUUCAGUCUGGAAGGACUUGUGACUCUGUCGAGGAUUCUUCGGAGCUUACAAAAACACCUGAGAAAAAGACACCUGCAUCUGUGCAGACUGCUAUCAACCCAGACAAGCUGCAGCGACACCGCCUUGUGCCUCUGUCCGUGAGUGCCUUGCAGACGGCGUGGGUCCCGGUUGAGGUGUACCCCCCCUUCCUACACGGGGAGAGGGAGAAGCAGGACCAGGAGGCCCAGUGGACCAGAGCCAGGGAGGAGACCCAGAGUAUGGUCCGACGGAACCUGGCCAUCCUAGAGAAGGAGCUGCUUGCAAGCUUUGGGAGAAUCUCCGAGGACCUGGCCACCAGGAAGCACCUGAAAGAGCUGUCCCGACCGGACGCUAAGAGCCAGAGACGAAGCCGGCUAGGAGGGUGCCUGAGAAGGUUGAGAAUUAAGUUGAUGGGGAGAAGGAAAGAGAGGGAGGAUUAUGAAGAGUUGGAGCGAACCGGCCCAGAGGUGAAAGCGCUCCUGCUUAUGGCGCAGAGGAACGGCAGCAACGCCGACCUUCACGUGGAGGAGCAGGAGAAGUGGGACAGCGACGUAGACAGGCUGUCCGAGGAUUGCAGGACCUGCAGUGAGCAGAUGAUGGAGAGCUUGCAAGAGUUGCUGAGCACCCUGCACAGUAACCAGUACUCUAAGGCAGAGAGGAAGCCCUCGACCCAGAGCUUUACGCCAGGGAGGGUUUAUGAACCCUGGUCCUCUAAGAGUGGCCUCUCUCCUCUUGUGACCUCGAUGCCCCAAUCGCAUCUGACCGUGCCAGAGCCCUCUCCUGUGGUCCCCUCCUUCUGGCACAAGGUCUCAGGGUCCCUGGCUCCUCCCACUCUGGUGGUGCCCUUCACCGAUAACAAUGUCACCAGAUCACAACCUCCGGCUCCUCCUGUGGCCCUCGUUCCCGUAGAGAACGUCCGGCAGUGUCCGAUUCCCCCCACCUUUGUGGCCCCCUUCACCAUAAAUGACAUCCCUGGGACGCCGUCCCAAUCUGAGACUCCACCCGCUGUGAAGCUCCGCCCUCCCCGCCCUAACACCAUCAUCACCGUGAGCUCUAACACCAGGAAGCUGCUCGCGGAGGGACCAGAUGAAGCCCGAGAGGAAGGCGAUGGGAAGAAGAAGAAGAAGAAAGUCAAGACCAGAAAGCAGAAGGGAGAGAAAGAGAUCCAAUCUCAACAAGUGGAGCACAGCAACUGUCCGCAGGUUGAGGAGAGUGACAGUCAGAGAGCGGGUGAUAGCCAGGGACAGAGUCUCAAGAAAAGGUUUGACCGGUGGCUGCUGUCUACAAGAUGCACCUCAAACUAAUGAGGCUGUUACCCACCCACUCAACCACCUAUAGCUACACCUGCAGGUCACAUGGGAUAUCAUAAAUACUUAUCUACAUAUACCCAAC